CACACCAUUACAUGAUGCAGCACAGAGAGGUGAUGUUUCCGUAGUAGAAUGUCUUCUCACUUCUGGACAUUCGUUGGAACCAAAGAAUAAUAAGGGUCGCACACCAUUACACUUUGCAGCACGGAAUGGUCAUGUUUCUGUAGUAGAACAUCUACUUAAUUCUGGACAUUCGUUGGAACCAAAGGAUAAUAAGGGUCGCACACCAUUACACUUUGCAGCACGGAAUGGUCAUGUUUCUGUAGUAGAACAUCUACUUAAUUCUGGACAUUCGUUGGAACCAAAGGAUAAUGAUGGUAACACACCAUUACAUCUUGCAGCAAAUGGAGGUGAUGUUUCCGUAGCAGAUUGUCUACUUAAUUCUGGACAUUCGUUGGAACCAAAGAAUGCUAAAGGUGACACACCAUUACAUCGUGCAGCAGAUAGAGGUCAUGUUUCCGUAGCAGAUUAUCUACUUAAUUCUGGCCAUUCGUUGGAACCAAAGAAUGAUGAUGGUAGAACACCAUUACAUCUUGCAGCAAGGCAUGGUCAUGUUUCUGUAGCAGAAUUUCUUCUCACUUCUGGACAUUCGUUGGAACCAAAGGAUAAUGAUGGUUGGACACCAUUACACCUUGCAGCAUGUAAUGGUCAUGUUUCCGUAGCAGAACAUCUACUUAAUUCUGGACAUUCGUUGGAACCAAAGACUAAUAUUGGUGCGACACCAUUACACUAUGCAACAUGGAGUAGUCAUGUUUCCGUAGCAGAAUAUCUACUUAAUUCUGGACAUUCGUUGGAACCAAAGAAUAAUAAGGGUCGCACACCAUUACACUUUGCAGCACGGAAUGGUUAUGUUUCUGUAGUAGAACAUCUACUUAAUUCUGGACAUUCGUUGGAACCAAAGGAUAAUAAUGGGAACACACCAUUACAUGAUGCAGCAGAGAGAGGUCAUGUUUCCGUAGUAGAAUGUCUUCUCACUUCUGGAAAUUCGUUGGAACCAAAGAAUAAUGAUCAAGAAACACCAUUGCACUUAGCCUGUGAAUACGGCGACCGGGAGGUUAUAGAAUUUCUGCUUCAAAAGAGUUCAGAUCUUUUUGCCUUGAGCAAGGAUAACAUGACAUGUCUGGACCGUGCAGUAGCAAAUUAUGGCUACGGCCAACCUAUACCUAGCUUAAGGGCUAUUAUCCGCCAUCUUGAGAGCCAGUACCCAGAGGAGGAGGAGAAGGUAAUGGAAAUUGUUCGACAUGCCGCUGACAAGGAGACUGCUAAGCCUCUCAACCGUCGUUUUCUUCAGACUUACCUUCAGCUGGAGGAAUUUUAUUCCGAAGGCCAAGUGGACGCUAACACGCUAGUUGUUCUAGUUAGCGGGGAACAACUUGUUGGGAAGUCCACACUGAUCAAGACAUUGAGAAAAGAAGAACACAAUGGCACAUCAAACGACUCGAAACGAACCCGAGGCAUCCAGAUAUCCAACUUCACUGAUGAGCGUGGUCAGCAUUUGCGUAUCAAAGAUCUCGCUGGGCAGGAUGCGUUUUCAGCGACACACGACAUUUUCUGCCUAUCCACAUCAGUACCAAGCCUCGGUCUUGCUGUUGUUAAUAGUAAAUGGGACGCGAAACUGAUGACAACAAGCAUAACUACCACAGCUGGUCGGUUUUUGAGCCGGAUGCCACCAUCGGUAACAUCAGACCAGCCGUUCAAUGUCAUGAUCAUUGCGACCUUCCGCGACGAGAUUAAGAGAGAGGAUCAUGGAAAACUUGCUGCAAAGCUUGCCACAAGCUAUAGUAGUGUCAAGAAGGAGUUUGGUGAUAAACUCCACUUUCGAGGACGCUUUGCUAUCAAUGCCACCGUCAAUGACGCAGACUUCGAUCGCCUGAGAGUAAAACUUUCUGAGGUCUGCAGAGAUAUCCUGAGCAAAUCUUGCAAGCAACCCAAAGUGCUCGGGCAGGCAGAGGAAAUACUGGCACAACUGCAUGACAACAUCCAAGCGCCAUUCUCAACAAGUCGGGAGUUUUCUCGACAGCUUUGUGCUGCUAGCCACGUAGAGUAUGAUGACAAUGCAGACAGCAUCAACACCGAACAAAUCCGUCGAUAUCGCAAGAUCCUCAAUGCGUAUGGGCUGAUUGUUUCUUUCUCAUCCCCUGAGCUGGACGACAUCAUCGUUAACCGACCCAACUGGUUGCUCUCCACGGUCAUUGGUCUCAUUCUCGCACCACCUGGGCUUGACGAUGAAGAUAUGCUGCACUUCAUAGAUGGUGUUGCGAAUGUCCAGGAAGUCCUUGGCAAGCUUAACAGCUGCGAGGGAGCAGAAGGUCAGGGCCCUCUGCUGCUGCAGAUGGUGAUACAACUAGGUGUGUUGCUGCAGGAGAAAGAAAGGAUCCUGGCACCCAGCCGUCUUCCGACCGCUGACAACUGCCUCGGCUCACUGGCCAAGAAAGAUUCAUCAUCUCAGUCGGCGUGCGCAGGAGUCUCUUUCACGACUCAGCACUGCUUCUCCACUGCUCUUGUUAUCCGGCUACAGACAGAGCUGUACGCCUAUUUCCACGAGCUUCACGGCAUUCCUGCUGAGCUCUGGAAGAAUCUGGUGGUAGUGGCUCCAGUCCAUUCCCCAGCCCGUGGUUGCAUCUCCGUCACGGACAGCCUGCGCCAAGCUGUCGCUGUUGUCCAUGCGCCAGUUGAAGAUACGCUAGAUGGCUAUUGUCUGCUGGCUCUGUUGCGCAUGGUGUUUGAUAGGCUGGCAGCACAGUAUAGCCCGGGCACUAAUUACUCCACGAGCAUCCUCAGCUCCGCUUCCAUUCGUCAGCACCUCCACGAGCCAAGUACCAAGUUUGAUUUCGCUGUGUACGAUGCAGAGCAAGUCAGAUCAUCUGUAGCAACACAGGGUCAUCUCUCCACUAGCCACCUUUACGUCGAUCGUGCCCCGCUUCUUCUCAAAUGGCCAGUUAACCAUGCUUCACUGCUCUCUGCACAGUCCUUUGAGUCCGUCCGAGAAAGCCUUGGUGAGUCCGACCUGCCUGCACUGGCCACCUGCCUGGGCCUUACAUCAUCAUCUUCAUCACGUGGGCACAGUAAUCAUCUACACGCUGCAGCAGCAUUGGUCCACAGCUGGGCAGUUACCGACUACCAUCACACCUCGACCAAGCUUCACCAGCUGCUAGUGAAAUCACCGAACGCCCAGCGCUUUGCAAAGAUCUGCAAGGUGCUACGGCAGCAUGAAGAACUGCUUGCCACCGAUUUCCCGGACAUAUUCCGGAAGCGUCGGGUGCAAGUCGUCGAGCCGGUCUCCGCCGAAGCUACUUCCUCCACUGUUCCACCAGACUUGUCAGUGUAA